AUGCAUCAUCUGUAUAUACCUGCGCGGGGGCUGCUGCGCGUCACUAAUACCAGGCGGCGGGCUGAUGAAGAGGGUCUCAUGCGCAUUGGCGACUUGGACGCAGUUGUGCACAAGUCGCAAGCGUAUGGGCACUUUGGUGUAAUUCCUAUUCGCUGCUCUUAUGUCAGUGUAAUCAUCGCAUCCAUUGUAAUUAUUCCUGUCCUGUCGUUAUCUUAUUACAGUCUAUUGCUUUUGGCAUCCAGCUCUUCCGAGAGGCCCGAACGUCAGGGAUGCCCUCCUGCGUAUGCUGGUGUGGUCGCGCGAGCCGCUCAAUGGUAG